AUGGUUGUCAAGUCACCGCCGAAGUACAUGCUCGCAUGCGCUGCUGUCUCUCUAGGCGGAGUGCUCAAUGGCUACGACACGGGCUCCAUCGGUGCCAUUACGCACAUGGCCCAGUUCACCGCUUCGCUAGGAACCCUCUCGCCGACAAUGCUCGGCAUCACCGUGUCCAUGAUCAUGCUCACGGGCACGCUGCCCUCCGUCUUUGCCGGCCAUCUGGCCGACAAGUUAGGCCGACUGACCAUCAUCAUCCCGGGUGCCAUUUUAUUUGGCGUGGGCGCCCUCCUCCAAUGCACCUCCCAUACCCUGGCCCAAUUCAUCGUCGGCAGAGCGGUCGGCGGCUUCGGCCAGGGCAUGUUCCUCAGCAACAUCUCGGUGUACAUAUGCGAGAUCGCGCCCGUCAGAUAUCGCGGUGCGCUGGCCGGACUUCCGCAGUUCAUGGCCACCGCCGGUAUCUGCGCUGGCUACUUCACCUGCUACGGCUCCGUCUCGAUCAAGUCUGACAUGGCCUGGCGACUGCCGUACAUCGUGCAGUGCUUCAUCGCGGCCGCCCUCGCGUGGAUCUGCAUGCUGCUCCCGGACUCGCCGCGGUGGCUGAUGCUGCACGGGAGGCGGGCCGAUGCGCGUGAUGCUCUCGAGCGCCUCGAGUUUAGCAUGGUCGAGGCUGAGCGGGACAUCCUCAAUGUCGCUGAGCACACGACCGGGCUCUCGCCGUGGCAGGGCUUUGUGCUGCUGUUUCGACGGGGCUACAGGUCGAGAACCAUCCUGGCCUUGUUCAUCCUCGGCAUGGUCCAGUUGUCGGGCAUCGACGCUGUCAUCUACUAUGCGCCCGUGCUAUUUGAGCAAGCUGGUCUGUCCUCCCAGAACGCUUCGUUCUUGGCCUCAGGAGUAUCGGCCAUACUGAUGCUUGCCGUCUCCAUCCCGGCAUUCUUGCUGGCAGACAAAUGGGGAAGACGCACGUCGGCCAUCUCCGGUGGUGUUGUAUUGUCAGCCUGUAUGUUCCUGAUGGGCUCUCUCUAUGCAGCAGGCGCAGUUCAUGCCGACGGUAUUGCGAGAUGGUUUGUCAUCACCGCCGUCUUCGUGUUCGGCCUCACCUAUUGCGUGACCUGGGGUAUCGUGGGCAAGAUCUACGCCGGUGAGAUCCAGCCCAGCCAUACGCGAGCGGCAGCAAACAACAUUGCUCAGGGAUUGGGUUUCUUCACGAACUGGCUUGUGGCAAUCCUGGCUCCGAUCCUGCUCGAAGCAUCCUCGUUCGGCGCCUAUUUCCUCUUUGGAGGACUCGCUCUGGGAACCGUUGCCGUCCUAGCGGCGUAUAUGCCCGAGACUCGCGGUCGCUCGCUUGAGAACAUCCAGGAGGCGUUCCACCGGCCUGCACUGAGUAAUAUCACACAUCAUCUGCGAUCUCUUGCUCCUGGUCACAGACGAAGGGCGCCGAACAGUCAACCGCCGACGAAUGAAGCCAUCGAGCUAGGAGUGGGCGAUGCGAACGGCACCGGAACAGCUUCUUCUGUUUCGGUCCAGAACGUCGCCCGGUCAAUGAGGCUCGACGUUUCGGCAUGA